CGAUAGUUUCUGAGGCGGCGUUACCAAGGUUUCGGCAGCGAAGCUUUUGUAAGGACGAAGUUUGCUGUUGGGUUUUCGGUGACUGGGUAACGGGGGAGGGAAGAGGGAGAAAAGGAGGGCGGGGUGAGCCUUCCGCCAUUCGCCCUUUAUGACCAUUAAGUAUGAUUGCAGUCAACGCCCCUACCACAGAGACGCUCUUUUCCCUGGAGCUGCUGGUGGAUUACGUGCAACUCGAGCCUAGGCCUUGGACUCGCCCCGGACCAGGCCCCUCUCUGGCGGUGGCUUUCAGGCUUCUGGACUUUCCGACUUUACUAGUCCAUCAAACUGAACCGGAGCGAGUGGAAUGCAUGCGUCGGAGCUGGGAGUGCAGUAAGGCUAACGCGGUCUCCGAACAGCCGCCGAGUGCCACUGACAUCCAGUUCGGCAAAGGGAAAUCCUGCUUGUUCAAGAUCAGUCUGGCCUCCCUGCACAGCCAUUUGAGUAACACCCCGCUGUACGCCAUGCUGCUGGACGUCUUCCCUCGAGUGCCCAAGUUACUGGGCAGUUGCCUGAUUUCGCUGGCAGAUGCGGUGGAGAAAAUCAGACGAGAUGUUGAGGAGCAAGGCACUGAAAUGCAUUCCGUGCGUGGAAACAAGAGUCUGUACGGUCUGUAUAACCUCAUGGGUGGAAAGAUCGGCCACAUUUCGGUAGGAUACAGGCUCCUGAGUUUGGGGGCGGGUUUGUUGCCCCACAUUCCAGAGAGCCAGGUCCUGAAAGUUGGAAUGGGAGACACGAAGGAAUUUCCACGUAAACCUGUGGAAGCGCCUGUUUUAUCCAAGGGGGCACGUGUCCCGGAACAGGUCGAGCAAGAGAACGAGAAGGCCGCGCAUCAAGUUACCAGGAAAACUCCAUCUCACUCUGCAACCAGUCCCGAUCUGCAGCUCGGUGACCGGGUUCUCGUCCAGCAGGUCCAAAUGAGCGAGAAUGAAGUACCUGUUGUCAUCUCGCUGUCAAAGGAGAAAAAACGUAAACCAGACAAACUGGCGAAACUGGCACACAUGGAACACCAAGUGAGACUCUGGAGAAUAGAAACUGAACAAAGUGUGGAUAUGGGUGUCGAUAACGUUUUUUGUCCGCCCCCAAUGUACUACAACCAGUCAACUUGUGGACCCGGAAAAAAAUUGACGGACAUACACAGAAUAGUGCAACCCGCGACAGACUCUGCCCUCGAUGAACUAGAUCCUGAUAAAAGCGGUGAAUCGUUCGGAAUGAACCAGAAUUUAAGUUAUUCCAGGCUGUUUGGAAGUAAGUCAGAAACGACAUCCAGGUUAAAGACUCAAGUACGGAAAAGACUCCCGCAGAUUGAUCCAAGUAGUAUCAGGCAGUUGCCUUUACUCAAUGCGCUUCUGAUAGAGCUUUCUCUGCUACAUGACCAGGUUCCUCAGAAGAUUCCUCUUACCAUUCAUCCUCAACUUGCUUGGCUUUACAAUGGAUUGGAGAAUGACUCACCUAAAUUUCACAAACUAACAGCAUCAGAGUGCCCGAGAUCUACCAGUUCAAAUUUUAAGAAACAUAAAGAGAGAUUUCAAAAGCACCCAAUAUCCCCAAGACUUUUUGAAAAAGAAAAUACCACAAAACAAAUCAAGACAAAGAAAGACUCAGAACAUCCAAAGAAGAAGCUGAUGUAUGGAUUAACACAUACAUUGCGAUUAAGGCUACAGCAGACAAACCCAGAUGUGUUGAUAUUGCAUGAACAAAGAGAGCUGUUGAGAAAAAGACAGCUGAAAGAGAGAAAGACUACUGGAACAUGCUAUAAAGGCAAAGAGGAAAGAGGUUCUUCAACACUUGAAGAUGAUCAGCAUCUUCCUGGAAAAAACUUUUCUUUGCAAAGUGGCUGUUUUGAAGAAAACAUUGAAACAUUGAUUCAAAACAGUAUUGAACUUGACUCCCCUCAUUCCUCAAAGGUUCUAAGGAAUAGAAAUGUUAGAGAGAGAGACAACUUUGUAGCAACCUCUGAACUGGAAAGCGCCACUAGUAAAGGGCAGUUGUGUGUUCAAACUCUGGAACUGUUAAAUCAUUGUAUAGAGGUGCCUGAUUCACAAAAGUUGAAUAAGAAAACAAAUGACAGGAUACUUUCUGAAAAAGAUGUAAAGGUCAGUUUGCCUAAAAUAUUCAAUCAGGAUUCUGACCAAAGUGCCAAUGAGACACAUAAUGAAGUAGUGGACAUGCUUCAGUCUUCAGGAAUGAAUCCUGGCUUUACAAUUGAUGCAACAGUAGAAGACAGUGAUGCACAGAUCUCUUCUAAUACCUACAAUGGUAGUCCUGACCCCAAGUAUUCUGAGGACUUCACAAGUCCUGAAGCAACAGGAUUCUCGGAUAAUUUUACCAGUCCUGAACCUACAAGCAAGUAUACAGAUACUGAUGGCCAGGGAGCAGCUCAAAGUGAGAGGGAAGAUGAUUCAGUUCCACUACCAACACCAUCUGAGCGAUCUCCAAUUCGAUCUUUAAGAGGAACAUACAUUGUAAAAAGUCGCCAUCAGAGAGUGGCGGCCUCAAAUCUAUCUGAUGCAAGCAGCUCAACAGAGGGAAAUCUACUCAAAAAUAUACUGAACCCAACAAACAAAGAAGAAAACAAGAAACACUUUGAGUCAACUGCUCUGCAGGGUUCUAGGUUAGACAAUCCAGUCAGUUCUGUCCCCCGACUUUCAAGUUCAACAACUGGAUGCAUAUCUAUAGAGGGAAUCCAGUCUUUGCAGACAUCUCAAGUGAGUUCCUAUGAACCAUCCAGUGUGUCUGACCUCGCUAGCCUUGAAAUUAACACAACAGAUAUUCAAAAAGAUCUGGGUGAAUUGGACACAAUGGGAAUUGUCAAUGAGUGUAGACACAUUUCUGAACUAAUAGCCAACAAGCUUCCUGGAUACACUUUAUAAUGCUAUUACUGUAUCUAUCAAGCUAAUUUGUUGAUUGUGCUUAGCUUCCUAAGACUUAUAAUUCAUUACAUUUUCUUUGACCCAUGAGUAAACUUUAUCUGCACAUUGCCAUUUUAUAAUACACAUGACAAAGUGGGUGUGUAAAGAGAUAUGUGGUUUUAGUCCCCUACCUGAAAGUGUUCUGCUUCUUAAGCUUUUUGAAUCAUUAGGAACAGUGAACAAUACUCUCCUUUAAUUCUUCUCCUCCAUUGUCCAGUUUAGAUGCCUUCCAUCUUCAUUUUUCUAUCUUUCCAACUGUAAACUAAGCAAUCUCUACCAGCAUCUCUUUCCAACCCUAGAAAGACAUCAUUAACUCCCCUCCUUCCUUUUCCUCCUCUAUGUGCUGCCCUUAAAAGCAUCAUCUGUUGGAUCAGGCUCUAUAUGUAAUAAAAACAAAAUGCUGGAAAUAUUUAGGUCAGGCAGCUGAUGAAAGGUCAUCAACCUGAAACAUUAACUCUGUUUGUCACGCCAUAGCUACCUGACCUGAGUGUUUAUAGCAUCUUCUGCUUUUAUUUCAGAUUUCUAGCAUCUGCAGUAUUUUGCCUGACAACAUCCAGUUCAAGCUGUCCAACACUUCUCAACUAUUUUGGAAGAUUGCUUGUUUGGCAGCACUUUAGAUAAGUUAAAUAUUAGGAAGAACAAAGCCAUUAUCUUUGCACACCCAUACAAUUGCCACGGACUCUUCCGCCAUCCCAGCCACUGUCUCUCUUGAACCAAACUCCAGUGUCGCAUUUGACCCCCAAGCUCAGCUCCUGACCUUCAUAUCAUCUUCACACACCGUCUGCUUCCAUCUCUUUCUGCUUCUAGCUCAGUUUAUCUGGUAUGCUGAACUCUCAUUCUUUUUCAUGCUUCCAGACUUGACUAUUCCGAUGUUUCCUUGGUCGGUCACCCAUAUUCUCCACCACCCUCUAUAAACUGCAACUCAUACGUAGAACCCUGUUCAGUGUAGUGUCCCACUUGUGCAUUACCCUGGUUCUUACAGGCCUACGUUGGCUCCCAAAUCCUAUAUUUUAAAAUUUCUUCUCUGAUUUUAUUUUCUUGCGUACCAUCCACCUCACUUCAUCACACCACUAGUAGCUGUAUCUUCAGUCACAGGCACUCCUUACUUCCUAUAGAGAGAUAUUAUCCAUUUGGCUUCUAAGGCUAACCAACUCCAUUGGCAAUUAUUACUAAAGGUAAAAGAAGGUGUAAGUAACUUAGAGCAGUUCAAUUUUAAUAGAUUGAGGGAAUGAUCAUAAACAUGUAUGGAAAUAAGUUUUGAGGAUGUGAACCAAAAACGCAAAUGUUUAUAAGUACAAAAGUUAGCUCCUAUAAAGGGAAAAGGAAUAACAAAAUGCUGGAAAUACUUAACAGGGCUGGCAGCAUCUGUGGAGAAAGAAACAAAGUUAAUGUUUCAUGCCUGUGACCUUUCAUCAGAAAAGUUACUUUGAAGUAUAAUUGUGUUUUGUUGAAAAGUUACAGCCAAAACAUUAAUUAUUCAUCAAGAUACAAUUAGAUCUGAAACAUUAACUUGCCUUUUUCUUUACAGAUGCUGACUUACCUGGUUUAUAUUUUCUGCAUUUAUUUUGCUUUCAGAUUUCCAGAAUUUGUAGUUUUAUUUUGUUUCAGGAUAUCAUGGUGUAAGUAAUUCCUUUUUGUCAUAGUGAAGUCUGACCUAGAAAGUGCAAUAUCACAAUUUUUGAAUAUCCAACAAAUGAUAACUUAGGAUGCUACAAACUGUGACCAAAAUCUAACAAUAAUCUGAAACAAUCAAGUAACGGGAAUUUUUUUAAAACAUCAUUUUGGCUACAACAAAUCAGAACACAGCCAAAUUUUCAAUUUAAAUGAAAACAAUUGGACUAUUAAAUCACAACUUUUGAAAUUUUUUAUCACCUGUCUUUUUUUUCCUCAAACCAUCAACGAAAUAAAGGUAAGGAAAUAACAUACAUUAACACAGCACCUUUUAUUACUUCAAGAUAUCCCAAAGUGCUUUACUGUGAAUUGUAGUCAUUGUUGUAAUGUACAGAAAUGCAGCAUUCAAUUUUCACACAGGUCUCACAAACAGCAAGGAAAUAAAUGACCAGAUUAUCUGUU